UCCGUAAGCAAAUCGAUUUAAACUCUUUCUUUACUUUUCAUUACAGGUCGAUAUGAUUUUAAGUUUUAAUACAGGAAUAUAUUACACUAGAACAACAUGAUUAACAGCGCGAAUUCGGUGGACAUCAAAGUAAUCAACCAUGGUACUGUCUUACUGCAAUCGGGAGUGGUGCCGUUGGACAAAUGCAAGUUAAUACACACUACGAAAAUACCCCAAACUGCUGGAGAAAGAUUUACUUCGUCAUACGAAAUACAAAGUUCCCUUGAAUCUUAUAACUACAAAGCCAAUAAAAAUAAUAGGGUAGAUAUUCAAUGUGGCAAGACCAAACCACAACGUGUCCAUGUUCAGCAUCUAAAAACGCACCCGAAUUUGCAGAACAACCGAUGGAGUUCCCACAAAUUGAGUAACGAAGCAGUUGCGACCACACCAAAUAUGUGUUUAAGUAAAAUAAAUCACAACAAUAACUUAAUUAGAAAAGAAAGUGCCUUUAGUUUGAGCAGCGGAAAUAAGAAUAAUAAUAUCACCGUUUCAAACACUUUCGCGAAUAUUAAAGGUAAGACGGAGCUAGGUGGCGAUGGAGUUAUUCAAUCAAUUCAAAGGGUUGAUGCUCAUGGGGAGUCAAGUGAUAGGCGCAUGUCGUCCGUUCUAAGAACUGAUUACCAAGAAAAUGCCUUUCUCCGCAUCGAGGAUGUGCACAAUUACGCUAAGUUGGACCAUUAUAGUUAUUUGAAUGAGAGUAGUAAUAGUACUAUACAUGAGGAGGAAAAUGAAGACGAAGAGGAAGAUUUCGACGAGGAUACGGAUGAUAACAAUGAUGAUGCCGCUACAAAUUAUGAGCGUUAUUUGAGGAAUAGCAGGCACUUUGUCGAGAAGAAAAGGAAGUCUAAUGAAGAUGCGAAGCCAAAUAUGAGUUUUAUGCGAGUCACUAGAAUGGAAACGGAGGAGACUGAACACAAUGUCGAUAUUGAGACUGUGCACACAGAACAGAAUGAACCUGGGGCGACGGUGCUGAGCACACCUGAUCAUCAUGCGCGCAGGCCAAUGAAUGCUUUUCUAAUAUUUUGCAAACGACAUAGAGCUAUCGUUAAAGAACGAUACAAGUCAUUGGAAAAUAGAGCGAUUACGAAAAUACUUGGUGACUGGUGGGCUUCCUUAGAUGCCAGUGAUAAAAAGUGUUUUACUAAUUUGGCGCAGCAAAAUAAAGAUGCAUUUUUCAACGCGAAUCCCAACUUCAAGUGGUACAAGCUGCCCGCUCCCCCUUUGCGCACCUUAAACACCAGGCCGGGCAAUAAUGAUCGUAACGUAGAGCAGGAGGACGACAAGUCUGUUACGUCUGCGCAUUUUAGCGGCACUAUGCUAUCCAAAUAUGCAAACAGAAACAGCAGCCAUGUUUUCAAACUAGCUGAUGAAGCUCAAACGGGCGAACUUAGUACGUUAAUUAAUGGCGAAGGCAGCAACAAUAACAUUAAUGCAAACCAGAAUGCAUUGCAGCAAGCGUUGGGCGAAACAUCUCAGUUUCUGAACGCAUAUAUGCCACCCAGCAGUGAUAACGAUGCUAACCAGUCAAGUAAAAGUCGGCUGAUCAGCGAAAACAGCUUCUCAAGUAACGGUAGCGAAGAUGAUGUUUUGUCUAAAAAAUCUUCAAGAGCGUGUAAAGGAAAAAUAUAUCAAGAGCUUAUUAAUUCCGGUCAGAUUUCAGCUGUGUCAAAAAAAGUAAAAGCGCCCAACUCAGUAAGCCAUCCCAACGGUUUCACUCAUCAAACUGUGAACCCGUCACUUACCUCCAAUCGAACUUCAUUGGAGGGCUUUAACAAUAUUACAUCAAUUAGUGCGACCUUACAAAAGUCUACAAGCAACGUUGGCAUAAAAGAAUUUUCGCCGUUAAGAGGAUCUCAUUCAAACAAUGAUUUUGUUAGUUUUGAUCUGGAAGAAAAAAUUAAAGAACUGCCAGCUCUUAGCUUAGACCUUUAUUUGCAACGCAAGCGUAACACGAAAAAAAAGAAAAAGAUCACAUCAAAGAAGCGCCAUUUAAAUAACUCAUCGAACAGCAAGAGUUUAGGGGCUGUAAAUGAGAUCCCUAUUUCAUCUAUCUCGGCUUCUAUAAAGGUUCGAGAAGGCGCCCAACAGCAGGCUGUGGGUAGUCAAAAAAGAAAAGCGCGUAAGGAAAGCAUCACAAGACGUGACGUUACCGCCAUAGAGAAUGGAAUCGCAUCUGUUAUUCCAUUAGCUAAAAGCUUCAAUACCAUAAAUGGCUGUUAUUUUUUCAAUGAAUCGACAGGUUCGGCAAUGUCAAAACCCCUAUUAGGAGAACUUGGAAAAGUUGCUGUUGAAACGGGAGCGAACAAUCAACGAACAAACACUUUUGACAAUUUAACCAAUGAUAACAUUUCGUCUACCUCAGACUUACUCAUUCUGGCCGAGGUUGCUGCCAAUCGUACCGAACUAACAAAUUGAAAAGUGAACGGUUCUCAUUGUACUAUCUCCUCUUACAAACAUAUAAGCAACCAAAAAAAAAAUGUUUCUUAAGAAUGCAUUAUAUCAGAUAUAUAUGCUUUGUUUAUAGGAUUAAUCAAAAAUUGUUAUUGUUUUCGAAAGUUAUAUUUAAUACUGUUAGUUUAAAGUCGGAUAUAAAAUCGUAGUUAUAUUUUCACACAUAUACAUACAUAUAUAUAUAUAUUGUGUAAAUAACUCUAAUAUAAACCGUGAAACUGGAGAUUUUUAUCCCUGUGAUGUUGUGGAUGACUUCUUAAAUAAACGAAUGCAAUGUGGGUGAAAACUCUGCAAUUAUA